ACGCUGCCGCACAAGACAAAAGUUGAAGGAGUACGAAGCGCUGAGCAACAAGAUUUCUUCUUUAAAAAAAGAGUACGAUGCCAACUGCACUUUGCUGGGUGAGGUGGAGCUGAAAAAUGCGAAGAUACAUGCAGCGAAUUCUCUGGAAGAGAGGUAUGCCAUGAUGUUAGCAAGCGCUACAUGUCUCAAGGAUUGCAAGGAGGAACGGUUGCAGAAGCUCCGCUCUCUCCAAGCAAGAGCACAUGAUCUAUGCUGUUUCUUGGGAAUUACCGCAACAAAACAGGAGUGUUACCAAUUUUUGGUGAAGAACUCUGCUAUAUCUGUACAAGAAGUCGUAGAUGUUAACGGCCUUUCCCUUGAGUUCAUCAAGAGGGUUGAAGCCCAGAUCUCUGAUAUGGAAAUAUUGAAAUCGAAGAAAAUGGUAAAGAUCUUUAAAAUGAAAGCAGCAGAACUGGAUGAACAGUUGAAAGCAGCACCACUCUUGAAAAAUCAAAAGGAUUACCUUCUGGACUUCACUCUUGAUGAUGUCGAACAAGGGAGGGUUGACUUUACAUUUGCAGUCAAGAAGAUGGAAGAGCUGAUUGAUAAGGCUAUAGAGUCUUAUCUUCGAAAAAAGCUGAUGGUGCAUGCAGCCGUAGAACUACUACAAAAAAAACCUGCAGCUGAGAUUGAUGAGAUGAAAGUCAAAUAUGAAAGAGAAAAUUUACAAGUGGCAGAAGCACUACGGGGAAGUGUUGUAUGAUUAUGAUGAGAUAUCUCUUGUACAAUCAUCUGAAUGAGUUGAUGAACGUGGACAAAAGCCGUCUAUCUGCAAAACCUGAUGAGUCAAAAGAAGCUGUUGAGUCAGAGGAACCUGUUGAGUCAGAAGAACCUGUAGAACCUGUUGAGUCAGAAGAACCUGUAGAACCUGUUGAGUCAGAAGAAACUGAUACUGAAACUUCCAGCGAUCCUGAUUGUACGAAGAAUGACCCUGAGUAUGUCCCAAGUUCGAGUGACUCUGAAGCAAUGAAGAUUGAAGGACCUGAGUACGUCUCAAGCUCAAGUGAUACUGACCCAAGUUCGAGUAGUUCGAGUGAUUCCGUUGUCAGCAUGAAUAUUGAGUAUGACCCAAGCUCGAGUGGUUCUUCCCCAAGCUCGAGUGAUGCCACCUAUGUUACUUUCACUAUGAGUAGUAUGAUUAAUUAGCCCGUUCCCAAUUGGACUUGAAGCGUGCGCAUGCAGAAUGUGAGGCGACGAGCGAUAAUGCAGCCAAUGUGUGCCUUGUCGGCAUUUGUACCAGCGUCUCUUUCAAUGCAAGCAUUAAAUGUGAUGGUGGGUAAAAUCUUUCCAAACCA